AUGGAGAAAUAUCUCGUCAAGAAAAGGGCCCAGCCUGACUCCGGAGGAGAGGGCCCGAGCUCGUCUGGCUCUUCAACUCGCAAAAAGUUCUCCCAGAAGAGAUUGAGGGAUUUGAAGGGUGUCGUGAUUCUAGAGGACAUAAGAAAAGCCAAAAGCUUCCUGACUGAUUCUGCGUCCACCGAUGAGCUACUCGAGAAAACACUGCGGAACCUCGCCAAAAAGAUUCCCGGUCGUGAUAUCCUGCUGGAGACUGGAAUAGGCAAAUCAGUAAGAAAACUGACGAAACAUGAGAAUCUCUCCGUGCAAGCCGCUGCCAAGAAGGUCUUCGAUUUAUGGAAAGAUCAUGUGAUACACAAAGCUAAGCAACAGAAGCAAGAGGUCAAAUUCGAUCUCGAAUCUCAAAGGCUCCGGGACAUAGCCAGAAGAUGGUUUGCAGAGGCUCUAUCAACAACUGCCCAGGAUGAUGUAGUUAUCCGGCUUGAGAACACCAUAUUCUACUCGUGCAAAAGGAUCCUCACUGCCCCUUACAGACGAAGCUGUCGGCAAAUCGCUCACAAGCUUCGGAAGGAUGUCAUCCUGCAGAAUAGACUCGUAGCAGGGAGCAUCGAGAUGGAGGACUUCGUCAAGAAGUACAAAUGUUCAAUUUGA